CGAAUCGCCGCGCUUUCUGUAAGCCCCGCCCCUUUUCCCAAACUACGUCACGGAUGCUGAGGUUAGACAAACAUCUCUUUAUAAAGAUGGCUGCAAAGAGGCAAGAUCAACACGUUUUUGCAAUUUUAUCCGACUUACCUCAUGACAUAUCCGAAAAUUAUAUAGAGGGAGAAAUUUCCAUGAAAGCAAGGCAGCAAGGCUUUAAGUAUUAUAGUGAGAAUUAUUUCGAGAGGGUGAAAUUGUAUAAAAGCGACAAGGAGAAUGAAGUCCGAAUUUCCGCAAAAUGUCACCGCUCCCAACGGAAAAAUGACUCUCAGCAUUCUUUAAAUAUAGACGUAUCGCCAGGAUCCUUGGGUUUGGCGCAUUGUUCAUGCACAGCUGGAGCCAGUGGGUCAUGUUCUCACAUUAUUGGCUUGCUGAUGGCUCUUCAGCAUUGGAUUCUGAUGGGUUUUAAAGCAGUCCCUGAUAAUCUAACAUGUACUAGUAUGCCCCAGCAGUGGUCUGUGCCAAGAGGAAGCAAGAUUGAAAGUUCUGCUGCUCCCCAAAUUUGCAUUAUUAAACCCCACCCUGAUAGAAAACAGAAACCUGUAGAAAAUGUUUUGACAGAAUGCAGGAAGAUUUAUGUGAAUGGAGAAGAUGUUGACCAUUUAAAAGCCUUAAAAGGAUUGCCAAUCAGUUACUUGGUGUCAAAUCCCAUGAAGAGGAAAAUGACCCAUUUGGGUGAAGUUGGAAUAGGAAGUGGUCUAAGCACACAUGCAUCCUUCUAUGAGCCACAAGUACAAAAGGCAGUGGAUACAAAAUGUGGAGAUCUAAAAUUGCCCUAUAUCUGUCCAGUUUUACUACCAGAUAAAUAUAAACAUUUAUCAGAAUCUCUAGCAAUAGACUUGAACAAAGCUCAUGAAAUUCAAGAGGAAACACAAGAACAAUAUCAUUCACAGAGAUGGCAUUUAGAGAGAAAAACACGACUCACAGCGUCCAAAUUUUACGAAAUUUUACACAGGAAAACUAUUUCUUUGAAGUAUGUCAAAAGUAUUUUAGAACCAAAAGCAUUUAAGUCUACUUCCACGUCAUAAAUUUCCAAUGAAAAGAA